UCAAACAGGUAAUUUUUCUCCUUCACUGAUGCGCGUUGAUGAGGCAGCACUGAUGGGCACUAAUAGACAGCACUGAGAGGCGGCACUGAUAGGCAGCACUAAAAAGGUGACACGGAUAGGCGGCACUAAUGAGGUGUCACGGAUAGGCAGCACUGAUAGGUGGCACUGAUAGAUAGCACCGAUAGCACUGCUGGGCACUGACUGGCACAACCGCUGGGCACUGACUGGUGGCACUGACUGGCAACACUGCUGGGCUGCACUGAUGGGCACUGGUGGGUGGCACUGGUGGGCACAGGUGGGUGGCACUGGUGGGCACAGGUGGGAGAGGGCACAGGUGGGUGGCACUGCUGGGCACAGGUGUGUGGCACUGCUGGGUGGCACAGGUGGGUGCACUGAUGGACACAGGAGGGUGCACUGCUGGGCACAGGUUGGCGCACUGCUGGGCACAGGUGGGCUCACUGCUGGGUACAGGUGGGCGCACUGCUGGGCACAGGUGGGCAGAACUGGUGGGUGGCACUGCUGGUCA